CGUAUGAAUUUCAGUCGAUUAUACUUAACAGUAUUAAAAUGUAUUUAGAACCAUUUAGUUUAAAUUUUCAGGCAAAAAUAGAUUUUUGCAAGAAUUAACUGCGGCUAUGCUAAUAGGCUAAUCUCAGAAAUGUCCGCGUCAUUUGCUUUUCCAGUUAUAAACAAAUGUUCGUAGACUUAACAUAAUAGUUGAUGCCGGUAUAUCUUGAGCACGGUUUCUUUUGAGGCUUUUAUUCAGUUCACAGACACCUUAUUGACGGAGCACAGAACUUCUGUGUAGGUGACUGAAGGGAUAUAUGUACGGACAUGUCCACCGACCGACCGGCCGGCGUGUUGUAACCCCACGCUGUCAGUGGGUGACAUGAGACCGACUGCUUCCUGGCGACAUUCGGGAACGUUUAGAAUCGUAUUUUUCAGAGUGGAGUUUUUGUUUAGCUGAAAUGGAACAGGGUGAGAAGAAGGAGAACCCAAUGAAAGAGCUCCGCAUCCGCAAGCUCUGCCUGAACAUCUGUGUAGGUGAAAGUGGUGACAGGCUGACCAGAGCAGCCAAAGUGUUGGAGCAGCUCACCGGGCAGACACCUGUCUUCUCCAAAGCCCGUUAUACCGUUAGAUCCUUCGGUAUCCGCAGAAAUGAAAAGAUCGCUGUCCACUGCACCGUCCGAGGAGCCAAAGCAGAGGAGAUCCUGGAGAAAGGACUGAAGGUUCGUGAGUACGAGUUGAGAAAGAACAACUUCUCCGACACAGGAAACUUCGGCUUUGGCAUCCAGGAGCACAUCGAUCUGGGGAUCAAGUAUGACCCCAGCAUCGGGAUCUAUGGUCUGGACUUCUACGUGGUUCUGGGCCGACCCGGGUUCAGCAUUGCUGACAAGAAGCGCAAAAGAGGCCGCAUUGGAUUCAGACAUCGCAUCCGCAAAGAGGAGGCCAUGCGCUGGUUUCAGCAGAAAUACGACGGAAUCAUUCUCCCUGGCAAGUAAAGGACAUCCUCUUUUGUUUGUAACAAAGUAAUAAAAUUAUUAAAAAACAAA